AUGAUGUGGGGGCUGUGCUUGAUUGUUAGUCUUGUCUUGUAACGCGAUGGCGAAGCGGAAGGCGCCGCAGGGAAAUUCACAUUUCGUUGUACCGAGCGUCAUACGCUUUCUCCUGUUAAACCAAGAUAGUCAAGAUGGAUUCUUUGAUUCGGCUGGAGACUUUUGUAUGCGCGUCGGUGACGUGCGUGCUGGCGUCCGGUCCGAGUGCGGGAACUCACCCUGGGUCGCGGACUGGUCGCGCCUGCUGUUUCUGCUGGGCACCUCUGGUGUGCUGCAGGUCUUCAAAUCCCAAGGCGAUAACUAUGUCCGCCUUUCCAGCAGGUACCUGGACGUACCCGCGGAGCUAGCCUACAGCCGCCUGCUGCAUGCGACCAGCCCAGACGCACGCAUAGCAGCACUUUCCACCGGCGCCAGCGCCGCGCCGACGGGGCCAGCAGCACCUGCACCGGCACAAACACGUAGCAGGCGCGGCGCACGCCGCGGUGCACGCGGGGCGCCUGGGCCACGUGGCACUGCGCGUGCCCCCAUCUUCGACUUUGGCGCCCCAGCGCCAGGCUUCGGCUACGCUGCCGCCCGGCCACCGGAGGCCGUCUUCUUUGAGGGCGGCUGGGAGGAUGAUGAGCAGGGCGACGGCGACGGUUACAGCGACGGCGGAUAUGAGGAUGGUGACGGCGGGUACAUGGAUGGCGGAUACGGGGAUGGUGACGGCGGGUACAUCAAUGGCGGAUAUGGGGAUGGGGACGGCGGACACAUGGACGGUGGGUACGGGGAUGGUGACGGCGGUUACAGCGACGACGCUUACAGGGAUGGCGACGGCGGUUUCAGCGACGACGAAUACGGGGACGCCGCCUGCGCGCCGCCAUCGCUACCUCAGCUGCUGGCGGCAGGGCCGCUGCGGCUGUGCAUUGGCGGCGACGGCCGGGCGCGUGUUUUGUGGGGCGUGGAGGCACAUGAGGAGGUGGGGGCCAGGGGUGCUGGCGAAGCUGCUGGCGGCAGCGGGGGCACAGACCAGCAGGGCGGGAGCAGCAGAGACGCCGACACUGGUUGUCCCGAUGAUGAGGCCAGCCUGAUGCAGAUGCUGCCGGACAGGCUGCGGGACCACGUGCUCUCAGCCGCUGGCGAGCGCCGGCGUGCAAGCGCUAUGGCGGCCGCGCCUCCUGGCGGCGCCUCCGCCUCCCGCUCCUCUUCCACCUGCUCUUGGCUGGUGGUGGACGUGGCGGUGGACGAGGGGCGGCCGGUGCAGGUGACGUUUGCGGACGGCACCAAGACACGACUGCCGGCGGGCGUGCAGGUCUGCAUUGGGGAGGCGCUGGCGGCGCUGCACAGCUACGCCCGGGACUGUGCCCGCAGGCAGCAGCUCGAGCGGAGGCAGCUGCUAGGUGGGCAUGGCGGCGGCGGCGCUGGCGGCGGUGCUGGGGGGGCCAUAGACGUCGAGGAAGACCUUGGUGCGCAAGCAUACGAGCGCCUGUGGAAGCGGGCACGGCUAGCUUCCACCGUCGUGGUCGAGGGCGCGGCUGCAGGCGGCAUGGCCGCGGCGCCAGUCGCCGCCGCCGACCGCGGCGCCGAUGGCGAGGAGGACGACGGCACGGCGGCGGGCGCAGACGAGUGGCAUGACUUCCAAGACGAGGUAGCGGAGGCGGAUGCGGAGCUGUUUGGGACGCCUGUGGGCGGGGCCAGCGCUAGCGCUGCCACGGGCGCUGGUGCUGGUGCUGGAGUCGGUGCUGGCACCGGCAACGGCAUGAGUGGGCGGACCGGAUCCGAGGUCGCGGCAAGAAGAGGAGCUGUAGGCGGCGAGGACGGAGGAGGUGGUGGAGGUGGGGAGGGCGGCUGGGCGCUCCAAGCUGCGCGGGCUGCGUCAGCCUUCGACAGCGCCAACCGCUGCUGCCCGCCCGGGACGCUGCAUAGGAUCAGCGCCGUCCGCGAGCCUGGGUCGGGCGCGGUGGUGGGUCUGACGUACCGCCUCGGCCGCCACGUACCCGGGGUGGCGGCGGCGCUGGCAGACGUGCUGUCAGACCUGGCGGGCCGAGGGCAGGCAUGCCGUCGAGGCGGGGCCAGAGCUACAGGAGCAGGCGGCGGAGGGCAGACCGCUGCAGCAACUAGCUUGGCUGGCUCGCUGCUGCUGCUGGGCCGCCCCGGCGCGGGCAAGACCACACUGCUCCGCGACAUCGCCCGCUUCCUGGCGGACGACCUCGGGCUGAGCGUGGUGGUGGUGGACACAAGCAACGAGAUUGCGGGCGGCGACGCCGUGCCGCACAGCUGCAUCGGCAGCGCGCGGCGGCUCAAGGUGGGGCGGCGGGACCAGCUGCAGGCGGUCAUGUUGGAGGCGGUGCAGAACCACGGGCCGCAGGUGGUGGUGGUGGACGAGCUGGGCAGCAGGCAGGAGGCGGAGGCGGCUCGCAGCAUCUCGCAGCGCGGGGUGAUGCUGGUGGCGACUGCGCACGGCACCGACCUGCGCUCCAUCAUGGGCAACCCCGACCUCAACAGCCUAGUGGGAGGAAUGCAGACUGUCAUCCUGGGCGACGCAGCGGCAGGCGCCGCGCAGGGCGGUGCCAAGACGCGGACGGAGCGACGCGGCGAGCCUACCUUCAGAUGCCUUGUGGAGGUGCACGGCGCCGGCGUGCUGCGUCUGCGGCCCGACGUGGCCGCCAGUGUGGACGCGCUCCUCGGCAAUGACAAGGGCAUCAGUGGCAGUUUGGGCAUGGCGCAUGCGGCCGGCGGCGGCCUCGAACGCGGUGCUGCCGCACAGCAGCCGCAGCAGCACCCACGGGCCGAGGGGCGGCCGUGGGGGCGUGGAGGAGGAGGAGUGGGACGUGGUGGUGCCCUGCCGCAGCAGUUUUCAUGUGGGUCGGGCCAUGCCGUCCAGGCGCCGGGCAAUCUGAUGGUGGUGUAUGCCAGCGGCGCCGCUGGCGGAAGCCAGGGGGAAGGUGGGCGAGCUGGGUGGGAAGCAGGGCAGGAGGUGAUGCUGCCGCCCAUGGAGCAGCUGCGGUGGACAGGGGCUGCGGCUGGCGGCGGCAGUGGUAAUGGUGGUGCAGAGGGGGGUGGGUCACGCGGGUGCAAAGAGAUGUGCGUGCGGCUGUUGCUGCCCGGUGACUCGUCCACUUAGAUGUUACGCGUGCAGCUGCUGGAAACUGCUAAUUCCAGCAGCUCCAGGCUGCAAGGCAUGCGGGAGCGAUUCUAAUUUGCUCUAGCAGGUGACCAUGCCGUCCCUGCUUUCGAAUGCGUUGUGCGACUGCUGCAGCGGGUGCAGCGGGUGGGGGGCUCGCGUGGUUGGCGGCGGUCGUGGCCCUCCCCACGACUGAUCGAUUACGCAGCUGAGCAUAUAUUGUCGUGUAUAUGCGAGUCAGACGGCUCGGGUUCGGAUUCGAGCGGGCUCGGUGUCUCGUGUAGGUGGGUC